AUGUCCAGCGGGUAUCAUGACCACCAAUCCCACAUGUUCUCCACCGAGCGCGGCCAUUUCCUCGAAGCCGGAAGCUGCCCAGCCUCGCACCCCGUCCGCGUCCCACAAGUCGCCUACGAAACCAUGUGGAACACCACCGUGUUUAAAGACAUGUGGCCCAAGGAUGGGUCGCAGCCCUUCGUGUGGUCGUUCUUGGGGAAUGGUUACGGGACGCACGCGGACUACGUGUUUGGAUGGAAGGGGGACAGCCUGCAAAGAGCGAUGAAUGAUACGUGUAUGUUUCACGGGUGUGGAAGCCCGGGGGUUCAGGGGAUACUCAAGACUCAAACGGUGGAGGAGAUGAAUAAGUGUCAGGCGGUAAGAGAGGUGACGGAGGAUGUUGAUGGGUGGUUGGAUGAGUUGCCGGGGCAGAAGAUGGGUGAAGUGAUGUGA